CUGGUGGUGAAAAGUGCCAUGAAGGAGGAAAAGCAUCAGCAUCUCCCUGGACAACAGAUAUCGCUCAAGAUUGAGGGUAACCAGGGGGCUCGAGUGGGGCUGGUAGCCGUGGACAAGGGCGUGUUUGUACUGAAUAAGAAGAACAGGGUGACUCAGAAUGGCGCUGGGGACAACCAGCCCUGCUGGCCUGGCCUCAUCCUGCCCUUGACCCCUCCCGCCCUGCAGAUCUGGGACACAGUGGAGAAGGCAGACAUUGGCUGCACACCAGGCAGUGGAAAGAACUAUGCGGGAGUCUUUACGGAUGCCGGGCUGGUCUUCCAGACCAGCAAAGGCCUCCAGACGGAGCAGCGGUCAGAUUUGGCAUGCCCGAAACCAGCCACCCGGCGCCGCCGCUCAGUGCAGCUCAUGGAGGAGAGGAUGGGCAAAGCGGGUGAGUACCCCAGCAAGGAGCUGCGCAAGUGCUGUGAGGACGGUAUGCGGGAGAACCCCAUGAAGUACCCGUGCCAGCGCAGGGCACAGUUCAUCCUCCAGGACAAGGCCUGCGUGGACGCCUUCCUGGACUGCUGCAACUACAUCACCCAGCAGCGGCUGGAGCACAGCCGGGACAGUGACCUGGGCCUGGCCAGGAGUGACCUGGAUGAGGAGAUCAUUCCGGAAGAAGACAUCGUUUCCAGAAGCCAGUUCCCUGAGAGUUGGCUGUGGACCAUCGAGGAGUUAAAGGACCCAGAGAAAGAUGGAAUCUCCUCCAAGACCAUAAAGGUGUUUCUGAAAGACUCCAUCACCACCUGGGAGAUCAUGGCUGUGAGCUUGUCUGACAGGAAAGGGAUCUGUGUGGCUGACCCCUAUGAGGUGACAGUGGUGCAAGAUUUCUUCAUCGACUUGCGGUGGCCCUACUCUGUGGUUCGUAACGAACAGGUAGAGAUACGAGCCGUCCUCUACAACUACCGGGAAUCAGAUACACUCAGGUGGGGCCUGCAGGAGGUAGAGGUCAAGGCCACUGUCUAUCGGUACUUCAUCACCGACGGUGUAAGGAAGACCCUGAAGGUCGUGCCUGAAGGAAUCAGAAUGAACAAGACUGUGGCCGUUAAGACACUGGAUCCACAACACCUGGGCCAGAACGGUGUGCAGCGAGUGGAGGUCGAAGCUGCUGACCUCAGUGACCAAGUCCCUGACACAGAAUCAGAAACCAGGAUCCUCCUGCAGGGGACCCCAGUGGCCCAGAUGGCAGAGGACGCCAUUGAUGGGGAGCGGCUGAAACACCUCAUUGUGACCCCCGGGGGCUGUGGAGAGCAGAACAUGAUCCGCAUGACGCCCACGGUCAUCGCGGUGCACUACCUGGACCACUCUGAGCAGUGGGAGAAGCUUGGCAUUGGCAAGCGGCAGGAGUCUGUGGAGCUCAUCAAGAAGGGGUACACAACGCAACUGAGCUACAGACAUCCCAACAAGGCCUUUGCGGCCUACCAGAGUCGGAAGUCCAGCACCUGGCUGACAGCCUACGUGGUCAAGGUCUUCUCUCUGGCCACCAACCUCAUCGCCAUCGAUUCCGAAGUCAUCUGUGGGGCUAUCAAAUGGCUGAUCCUGGAGAAGCAGAGGCCUGAUGGAGUCUUCCAGGAGGAUUCACCUGUGGGACAACCACAAAUGACUGGUGGCUUGAAUGAUGCUGAGGAGAAAGAUGUGUCCCUCACAGCCUUCAUUCUCAUCGCACUGCAGGAGGCUAAAGAUAUUUGCGAGGGACAGAUCAACAGCCUUGGGGGCAGCAUCAAUAAGGCCGGAGACUUCAUUCAAGCACACUACAUGAACUUGAAGAGACCGUAUGCUGUGGCCAUUGCUGGCUAUGCCCUGGCCCAGUUGGGCAAGCUGGAGGGCCCUCUCCUCAACACAUUUCUGAAAGCAGCCACAGAUAAGAACCGCUGGGAGGAGCCUGGCCAAAGGCUCCACACUAUAGAGGCCACAUCCUAUGCCCUGUUGGCUCUGCUGCUGCUCAAAGACUUUGACUCUGUACCUCCUGUUGUGCGCUGGCUCAACGAGCAGAGAUACUACGGAGGUGGCUAUGGCUCCACCCAGGCCACUUUCAUGGUGUUCCAAGCCUUGGCCCAAUACCAGAGGGAUGUCCCUGACCAUGAGGAUCUGAAUCUGCAUGUGUCCAUUAACCUGCCCAGCCGCAGCUCUGCGGUCACGCACCGCAUCCUCUGGGAAUCCGCUAGCCUCCUGAGAUCAGUAGAGCCUGCCCCAUCCAGGUACCUGGGAGACCACGAUGCCACUAUGUCCAUCCUGGAUAUAUCCAUGAUGACUGGCUUUGCUCCUGACACUGCUGACCUCAAGCAGCUGGCCAGUGGCACUGACACGUACAUCUCAAAGUUCGAGUUGGAAAACAAGCCCUCCUCCAACAAGAACACCCUCAUCAUCUACCUGGACCAGAUCUCACACGAUCAAGAGGACUGUAUAUCCUUCAAAGUUCACCAGUUCUUUAAUGUGGGACUCAUCCAGCCAGGGGCAGUCAAGGUGUACUCCUAUUACAACCUGGAUGAGACUUGUACCCAGUUCUACCACCCGGAGAAGGAAGAUGGAUUGCUGAGCAAACUCUGCCACAAUGAAAUAUGUCGCUGUGCUGAGGAGAACUGCUUCAUGCACCAUUCAGAGGACCAGGUCACCCCAGAUGACCGGGUGGACAAGGCCUGUGAGCCAGGAGUGGACUAUGGUGAGGAACGGGUGGGGAGACACAUGUGCAAGUGUGAUUGUGUGUGAGUGAUGGUGUGUGUG